AUGCUCAUCAUCUCAUCUCGCAGUGCGCUGCUUUCCGUCUACUACCCGCAGAUCUUCCUCAUCCUCACCAGCGGUAGCUACCUGGCACUAUCCUCUGUGGUAGCUCUGGGUGCAAACAUCAUCUGCAACAAGAUACCAGGACUGGCCCCUCGUCAGCGGGCCCUCUGUCAGAGUCGGCCUGAUGCCAUCAUUGUCAUUGGUGAAGGUGCCCAGCUGGGCAUCAACGAGUGUCAGUACCAGUUCCGUUACGGCCGGUGGAACUGCUCGGCUCUGGGAGAGAGAACUGUCUUUGGACAAGAGUUGAGAGUAGGCAGCAGGGAGGCGGCCUUCACGUAUGCCAUCACUGCAGCUGGAGUUGCCCACGCAGUCACGGCAGCUUGUAGUCAAGGCAACCUGAGCCAGUGUGGCUGUGACCGCGAGAAACAGGGCUACCAUGACCAAGAGGAGGGUUGGAAGUGGGGAGGCUGCUCAGCUGAUGUUAAGUAUGGUGUGGAGUUCUCUCGGCGCUUUGUAGACGCACGCGAGAUCAAGAAAAACGCCCGCCGGCUGAUGAACCUGCACAAUAAUGAGGCAGGGCGAAAGAUCCUAGAAGAGAGGAUGAAGCUGGAGUGUAAGUGUCACGGUGUGUCUGGCUCCUGUACGACUAAGACCUGCUGGAUCACCCUGCCAAAGUUCAGGGAGAUAGGUUACCUGUUGAAGGAACGCUACAGUGAAGCGGUUCAAGUAGAGCCAGUGCGGGCCUCACGGCUCCGCCAACCCUCGUUCCUACGGCUCAAAUUGGCUCGGGGCUACCAAAAGCCCACAGAUACAGACCUGGUCUUCCUUGAGCGCUCGCCUAACUACUGUGAAGAGGACACAUCCACAGGAAGCACAGGGACACGAGGCAGGCUGUGCAAUGGCACCUCCACCUACACAGAUGGCUGCAACGUGAUGUGCUGUGGCCGAGGAUACAACACACACCACUACACGCGUGUCUGGCAGUGCAACUGCAAGUUUCACUGGUGUUGUUUUGUCAAGUGCAACACCUGCAGUGAGAAAUCAGAAGUUUUCACAUGCAAGUAGGAAAUCGUCAAGUUGGAGAUGAUGAUUAAAGAAAGACGUGGGACAAAGGUAAGGGGAUAUGACAAAAUUGGACACGGAGUUUAAAGUGAAGGACUUGGAAGUAUUUAUUCAACAUUUUGCACAUUUUGACAUCCUUUUUGGAAUUCUUACAAGAAAUAGACAGAAAAUAAGUGGCAGAAUUUGGGAAAAAUGGACAUGAACAUUAAGUAUAUUGUAUUCUACAAACAUGUCGCAGAGGAGAGGAUUUGGCAUUCAGCAAAGCAAAAUGAGGACGAUAAACAUCUACACAUCUUAAAAAGACGUAACUUAAAGCCUUCAGAAGAAGAGAAACUAUCGCUGGAUCUCAAGAAGGACUUUUUUAAACAACCUAACUGGAAAUGCUAGAAGAGCAACGUUCUUCUGACUGCCAUUGAAAAGGACAACAGCAUCUUGAAGCUCUAGUGGAUUCUGCUGAAUAUCGAAUGAUGGCAGUGGAACACGUUUAACUGUACGUUCACACUGUAUUCUGUUUGAACACUGAAAAUAAACAAACUUAUUUAUGUAAAAUAUCUUUCAAACCUAAGGUCUUAUAGGACAGAUAGCAAGACAAUUGCUUUUUAAAUUGUUUUCUCUUUUAUGAUCUUCAGUUACCAGUGACACCCUUCAAGCUCUGAAGAGGCUAUUUUUAGUAAUGUGGAAUUGCAUUCACAGCCACUGAGCAAAAAUAUUUAGCUCCUCCUCUGCUGAUUUUUAA